CUUUGCCACCACCAUGCAGCCAACCAGCUAUGACGUCAGAGCAUAACACGUCUGACGUCAUCAUCACCUUGAAAGAUGGCCUGAAUUCCAUGACCUCACUAAUUGUGAUAUAACCCCAGCAACAAUAAUUCUAUUUUAAAUACAAACAAACCCUACGUUCCUUUAGCGUUAGUGUCAAUUAGUUAAACCAAAGUUAAGAUCUAAAGGUUCUACCUCCAAAAAUAUAGAACUAUUUUUCUUACCAAAGCUAGUUUAGUACUUAAAGAUGUCGAAUCAAAUGCCGAUAUACAGCCAAGUGGUACCCAAAUCUCAAUAUAGGGGGAAAUCUUCGAAGUCGUACAACCGUUCACAAAUCACUAGGGCGGACUUCGACCCCUUGAAUUUCAACAAUGGGGGGAACUUUGUGAGUGAGAAGGGGGAAAAAGAUAAGAAGGAGAGAAGGGAACGGUCAAGGGAUGAAACGAGUCGGUCGAGGAGGAAUCAGACAAAAAAUGAGGCGAGCGAGAGUAAGGUUGAGGCGUAUUUGAGGCAGAACCAGGUCAGCAUGAGGCAACAGCAGCAUAGGCACGCUGCGGUCAGGCAGGCUGAGCACAGGGUCAACCUCAGGUCUCUCCCACUUAACGACGCGGUGACUGCACGAGGCCACGACAGAACCCCGACUGAGAAGCAGCGCGCCUUUCCAGAAAGGGACAAGGACGGCAAUAGGGAGCAUCGUCGCGAGAGAGAGCGGGACAGAGAUAGAGACAGGGACCGGGAGAACUUUGAGUUUGAUGGUACACCGCUCAGUCCCAUAGCACCUCGCCACGACAGCUCGCGUCCUGUCCGCAAGUCGUCCUCCGCUCACCGCGUAGCGGAGACCUCAAUAUCUACAGACAAGCGGAGAUUCUUCUGCAGAGAGUGGGCUUUUCAGAAGAUAGCUCAUUGCUUGGAGCAGCGGCCUGUAAGCAAGACUUGCGGAGCGCUGAUAUUGGGCGACGCAGGCAGCGGCAAGACAGCGCUAUGCCAAGAACUAAGCGAGCCGAGCCAAGGUCCUCAGGCGAGGCAGCAGCGAGCGUUGAACAGACGACUGCUGGCCAGGCAUAUGGUGCAGAGCAACAACGAAAGCAGCGUCCGUCCAUCAGAGUUCAUUCGCUCCAUCGCGAUGCAGAUCCUGGGACAUUCCUCCCGCCGGGUGAGGAACGAUCAGUCGCCGCGCGAUCCAGAUGCUAGCGAUGAAAGGCAUAACUCUGAAGAAGAGAGGCUUGUAAGUCGCUUCCGAGGGCUCGGCGAUGAUGCUGAAGAGAUCUCCAAACCGCUCUUGGCUGAUAGCGAAGACCAACGCACAGAUGAAGAAGAGUGCGGCAGCGGGCGUAGACAACGGACCAUAGACCGCAUCCACGAACGGGAGGCGUACCUAGACUCUAUGGUCGGCGACGCAGCCUUGAGUCGCGUGGAAGACCUCCCCGAAAUCCUUCCUCGCGCCAACGUCAAGCCCAACAACCCGUUCGUAGCCGACGAAGCCGAGUCCGACCUCCGUCUCUACGAGAACCACGAGAAUCUCUUCCUUCGCAACAUAUCCCAACGGCAAAGCAAGGUAUAGAUCAUUGAUUUAGAGGNCUCGCGCCUGUUACGUCAGAGCUCAGAGCCUACAGCGCCAAGCGCGCCGCGAACGCUGCACAAAAGCGCUUCAGCAGAGAGGGACAGAGACACCGUAAGCGAAACAGACAGGCCGAAAGUCGAAAACAGCCCGCCCAAAUCACGUAUCCCAGUCGCUAAUUUCCGGUACCCCAACAAAAGCGAGCUACGUUCCGCCGACAACUCUCCCCAGAAGAAACUCGAAAAGGAACCCUCCGCCCCUGAACUUAAGGACGAAACUGAACUACCCGAAUACCAGAAUGUUUUAAAACCGGAUCAAGUGAUCGAAACCCCGGAAUUAGAGGUUUUAUUAGAGAAGAAGAGAUCCCAAAAUGAGGAUGUGCCUCCGCCUAUACCAAGUCUACCAGUCAGUCCAAGGACACUAAUAGCCAAUGCGUACUAUGAUAAAUUGAUGUCAGAUACAGAGACCCAACAGGCACUUUUGCCCCAGAAUUUGGAAAGGAAUCCAGAUGAGUGCUUCAAAAAGGCACUGCUGUUUCCGUUACUGGAGAUUGACCCGCCGAAGCAGUGUCUGUUCUUGUUGGUCGAUGCAAUUGACGAGUGCGGUGCAGGUCAACAGUCAGAAGAUCGCGACGGAUCCAGCUCGGCCACGGUGGCUGCAUUACUGGCCCGUCAUCAACACUUGCUGCCUCAGUGGCUACUGCUAGUCUGCACAGCUAGGAGACACUCUGGACUCUUCACUGGCUUCAGGAAGAUAACCCUGGAUGAACUGCAGAGAGCGCAUGUAUCGGCCGACGUUCAAAGAUACGUGCUAGCACGCCUGGACACGGAACCUCGGCUCAGAGCGCGAGUAUCGAGCGAUUCCGCGGCGGCUGCGGCGGCGGCCGCGGCGUUGGACCACCUCAGGAUCAAAAGCGAUGGCUGUCUGCUGUAUUUGGAGAAGGUGCUAGACGGAGUAGCUGACGGCUUUAUAGCCUUACGCGAGAUCCGAGAGAUACCCGGCACGCUCAACGGGCUGUAUCUGUGGCUGGCCCAGCGGCUGUUUCACGGCAGACGGUUCACUAAGGUCCGCCUACUACUAGACGUGCUGCUAGCAGCCCGAUGCGGCGUCACCGAGGAAAUGCUGUACCGAUGCCUGCUGACCAAGGAAUACAGCGUGAGCCGCGAGGACUUCACGCGCCGGCUGCAUCUGCUGCGGCGGAUCCUCGUGAUGGAGAAGUCAACCGGCUACCUAUCCCUCUUCCACCACUCGUUCGCGGCGUGGCUGGGCGACGUGAAGCACUGCACGCGCCGCUACCUGUGCUGCCCGGCCGACGGCCACGCCGCGCUGGCCAUGCACUACACGCUCACCGCAAGGAGACUGACGGCUCUGGAGAUCCAUAACUACGUGUACCACAUGACGAAUCUUGAACAACACAUGGCUGCACAGAAGAAGAGUAAAACUACCGACACAGAAGAAGUCCUGGACCUUCAUACCCUGAUGCUGCUAUGGGUGCUUGAUUCAGGCUGCGACGUGGAGUCAGCUCUGAAGAGGGAAAACGACGCGCUGCGAUAUAUGGACUCUCUUGCCAACAAGACGAUCAACGAAGACAAUCUCGAUGAGAAAACUGGAGAGCCUGAUUCGGAAGGCAGGGAGUCUAUAUCAGACACAUCGGCCCUUGAAGCGAUAAUGCCCGAGUUAGUCGGAGGGGACGCGUCCGGACGCUGGCCGCGAGACCGGACAGUGUUCCGGACGCUGCUCGAGCUCAGCCGGACGGACGGCGGACACGACGCGGACACUGAGAUACAUGACUUGCUCACCACAGAACCUGAGAAGGAAGUGAAGACAGAAGCGAGCACAGAGGAGCCGGAAGAACCGGUCAUAUUGGACCCCAACCUGGUAUUCGAGUUGGCUACCAAGGGUGACGAUGAAGCGUUGGCUGCUUUGGUGAAACGCUAUCCGCAACUGGUAGAAGUGACCGACGCAUCCGGUGGCACAGCUUUACAUUGCGCUGCCCGCGGCGGGCGCGCUAAAGCCGCUCUCGUGCUGCUCUCAGCAGGCGCCCGCGCCGACGCUGCCGAUGCUGACGGGUGGAGCGCGCUGCGGGCGGCCGCUUGGGCGGGACACACUGAGGUCGUUGAAGUGUUGCUGGAGUUUGGAUGCGACGUAGAUUGCGUUGAUGCUGACAACAGAACUGCUUUGAGAGCGGCAGCAUGGUCCGGCCACGAAGCGGUCGUCUCACGCCUACUAGCCGCCGGCGCGGAUCCGGACAAGGCGGACGCGGAAGGCCGGACGCCGCUUAUUGCAGCAGCUUAUAUGGGUCACGCGGACAUCGUCCGGGCGUUAUUGGACGCUGGGGCGAAUGUGGACCACGCUGAUGAAGAUGGUCGCACAGCGCUCUCAGUGGCCUCCCUAUGCGCUUCAGGCGGCGCGUGCGCAUCUCUACUACUGGAGCGCGGCGCUGACGUCAGCGCGGCCGACCGCGACCAGGCCGCGCCGCUUCUAGUUGCAGCUUUUGAAGGGCACACCGAGAUCUGCGAGCUCCUCCUCGAAGCCGAAGCGGACAUUGAGGCGGCGGACGCGCCCGGACGCACGGCGCUGUGGGCGGCCGCGUCCGCCGGACACGCGCGCACCGUCCGCUUAUUGCUGUUCUGGGGCGCUUGUGUGGAUACUAUGGACGCUGAGGGACGGACUGUGUUAAGCGCUGCAGCGGCACAAGGCAACGUGGAAGUAGUGAGGCAGUUGCUAGACCGUGGUUUAGAUGAACACCACCGGGACAAUUCGGGUUGGACGCCGCUACACUACGCUGCUUUCGAAGGCCACAUAGAAGUAUGCGAGGCAUUACUCGAAGCGGGUGCAAAAGUAGACGAAGCGGACAACGACGGCAAGGGAGCGCUGAUGNAUCUCCGCCCCACGACAGAGAAAAUUUUUGCUAAAAUUUUCAUUUACAAUAAAGAUUAA